AUGGCGGAUUUCGACCCGGAGAAGAAGUAUCAAAAGCAAGAAGAGACAUUUUUUGACGAUGGCAGAGAAAUCGAGCUCCUGCAUUUCAUCUACGGUAAUCCUGACCUUGAAAACAUCAGGAACUCGCCAUCCAAGGUCUUGGCUGCUAUUGACGUCUUCGCACGGACGAAGAAGUACCUCAUGAAUGUUGGUGAAGAUAAAGGGCGGAUUGUAGCUGAUCUGAUUGCCGAGGUCAAACCCGAGGUCAUGGUCGAGUUGGGCGGUUACGUUGGUUAUUCCUGUAUUCUCUUUGGCGACGCUGUCCGCAAGGCUGGGGGCAAGAGAUAUUUCAGCCUGGAGCGAAACCCGGAGUUUGCUGCAGUUAUUGCAUCGUUGGUUGACCUCGCUGGCCUGAGCGACAUUGUCAAAGUCAUCGUCGGGUCAAGUGAUGUUUCCAUCAAGAGACUGCAUGCCUCUGGAGACCUCAGGCAUAUCGACCUGAUGUUCCUCGAUCACUACAAGCCUGCUUAUACGAAAGACUUGAAGCUUUGCGAGGAAUUGGAUUUGAUCACUCCCAGCUCCGUCCUCGCCGCCGACAACGUUAUCAAGCCUGGAAAUCCUCCAUAUCUUGAAUAUGUCAGAAGCAGCGUGGAACAAAAAAAGCGAGCCACCAAGCUUGCCGACACGGUCAAUGGAGUGGACAGCAGAUUCGCGGAUAAAACGACCAACCAAUAUCUGAAGCGCGAAGGUCAAGCUCAACUGGAUGAGACUCGGGUUGGUAAUCCGCUUCUCAUCUAUGAAAGCAAGCUCAUCAACAGCUUCGAACCAUCCGGCAUUCCUGUAGGAAGACCAUCUGUUUUCAAUUUUCUUGAAUCCCCCUUUGACUAA